UUUUUGAACCUUUACUCUCAGCUUAGUUCUGACCCUCUUAGUGAAGAGACGUUGCUGUGGGCAAAUAGCUUAGCUCUCAGGCUAACUUCGAUGACUUGAUAGAGCAGCUAACCUGAGAUAAUGACUUUUUGAGCUGUCGGUACAAGAAAAGUUUGCGUUUUUAGAUUGUAUCGUCUUUGUCUUCAAGCAUUUGGUGGUUUAUUCACGCGUCUUUAUAAUUCUCGGGAGAGUUUUAGCUUUUAUAAAUUCGUCAGAAAACCGAUGCCUUUAAGAGUAGUCGUAUGCUAACUGCUGAGCUAACUUGUUAGCACCCCGUGUUUGCUCAAGAGUUGUGGGAACCAUUCGUCCACUCAAUAUAAGCGUAAAUUUAGUAAUUCAACAACUGAGGACCAGUUAAGUUUGAUUUUACUUGCUGGCGACUCUCAGGACCUCCUGGACUGGCUGACAUCAGUGUACCUGAGGAUCUAUAGGCUCCCCUUCCCUGAUGUAGAGGGAGUUUCCAACAGCAGCAGUCGUGUACAUAAUUAUUGUGCUGUCCAGUGAAGUGACCCACCAUGCGUGAGUACAAGCUAGUUGUGCUUGGAUCAGGAGGUGUGGGGAAAUCUGCACUGACAGUCCAAUUUGUGCAAGGAAUUUUUGUGGAGAAGUAUGAUCCCACCAUAGAGGACUCCUACAGAAAGCAAGUUGAGGUUGAUGGCCAGCAGUGUAUGCUUGAAAUCCUGGACACGGCUGGAACAGAACAGUUCACAGCUAUGAGGGACCUGUACAUGAAGAAUGGACAAGGCUUUGCUUUGGUGUACUCCAUUACAGCACAGUCAACAUUUAACGACCUUCAGGACCUCCGGGAGCAGAUCCUGCGAGUAAAAGACACCGAGGAUGUUCCCAUGAUCCUGGUGGGAAACAAGUGCGACCUUGAGGAUGAGCGCGUGGUCGGCAAGGAGCAGGGUCAGAACCUGGCUCGUCAGUGGAACAACUGUGCCUUUUUAGAGACUUCAGCUAAAUCAAAGAUCAAUGUUAAUGAGAUUUUCUAUGAUCUGGUGCGGCAGAUCAACAGGAAAACGCCGAUGGAGAAGGCAAAAAAGAAGUCAGGUUGCACACUGCUCUAAGAUGCUCUCUCAUGGAUACUCCAGGCCAGAAACUUGUAAUGAUUAACCGUUUCCAAAUGGAUGAUGCCAGCAUUCCAAGUCCUCUCCAGAGCAUUGUUUUUGAAAAAGGCUGACCGAGAAACCUCACCACUUGUAAAAUGGCAGAAGGCACAUACUCUAAAGAAUUUUUCUGCUUUUAAUGAAAAUCCACUUCUUUUGUAUCGUCAGCGUGUUGACAACAGUUUUUUUUUUUCUCUUCUCUAAGCUGUCUUUUCUUCUGGAAAUAUUCAUGUAAAAGAGGAGACUGUGGAUUCAGAUCCACAUAUGGGAACUAAAAAUGUUUUUAUUCAAAGUAACAUCACUCUUUGACUUAUUGUGACAAUAUGUUUGCAAAAGAAUCCAUGUGAAAUGUUGGUCUUCUUGAACAUUACUGCACUAACAGUGUCAAUGAAGACGCAUCAUUGUCCAUCAGUUACUCGCUCCUACUUACAAGGAUGUAUAUUGAUAACAUCUUUCCUAAGUGACUUUGUUUUAUAUUGAGAGCUGCAAGCCUUCCUCGUUUCCCAUAAUAUAUUCUACUUCCAUUUUUGCAUAAUAAAGUUAAAGAAAUUAGUAUUUUACAGACUGAUGGGGGGGAAAGGGUGUAUUCUGAUUUGUGUCUUGAAGCUUAAAAUAUAUUGUACUAAACCACAUCUAAUACUGCUUCUUGUUACCCUGUCACAGAUGAUUUUCCAGCUUUUAUGAAUGAUUAAAUUUUAGUACAUUUUCA